AUGGCAGCGGGCUUUGGCGCUGCUGGGCAAGGGGUCGGAGGCGACGCCCGAACCCGACGACUCAGCUACAGCGCUGGGAUCAGCGCGUGCGAGAAGGGCGAGCAGUGGCAGCGGGCGCUUGCGAUGCUGAGCGAGAUGUGGGAGGCCAAGCUGGAGCCCGACGUCAUCAGCUACAGCGCUGGGAUCAGCGCGUGCGAGAAGGGCGAGCAGUGGCAGCGGGCGCUUGAUCUGCUGAGUUCGAUGCGGGAGGUGAAGCUGGAGCCCAACGUCAUCAGCUACAACGCUGGGAUCAGCGCGUGCGAGAAUGGCGAGCAGUGGCAGCGGGCGCUUGCGCUGCUGAGCGCGAUGUGGGAGGUGAAGCUGGAGCCCAACGUCAUCAGCUACAACGCUGGGAUCAGCGCGUCCGAGAAGGGCGAGCAGUGGCAGCCGGCGCUUGCGCUGCUGAGCGCGAUGUGGGAGGCGAAGCUGGAGCCCAACGUCGUCAGCAACAAUGCCGCGAUCAGUGCGUGCGAGAAGAGCGGGCAGUGGCAGCGGGCAAUGGCGCUGCUCAGCGAGAUGAGGGAGGCGAAGCUGGAACCCGACGUCAUCAGCUGCAACGCCGGGAUCGGCGCUUGCGAAAAGGGCGGGCAGUGGCAGCGGGCAGUGGCGCUGCUCAGCGAGAUGAGGGAGGCGAAGCUGGAGCCAGACGUCAUCAGCUGCAACGCCGGGAUCAGCGCCUGCCAGAAAAGUGGGCAGUGGCAGCGGGCCCUGGCGUUGCUCGACGAGAUGCGGGAGAUGAAUGUGUUGCCAAACGUCAUCAGCUACAGGCUCACAGUCAAUGCGUGCGAGAAGGGCGGACAGUGGCAGCAAGCUCUCUUCAUGCUCAGGAGCAUGUGCUUGAGAAGGCUCGAUGCUGGCUUCAUUGCCUACGGGAUUACAGCUGGCAUGUGCGAGCAGGGCGGGCACUGGAGGCAGGUGCUGUCAUUACACAGGGAGGUGCGCGGCUUGCUCGCAAUGGAAUGA